CAUACGGUGAGAGAUGACGACGGGAACGGAGGCAAACGAUGAAGCAGCGAGCGGCGCGAGCGCACCUCCGCCGCCUACUCCAGUAGCGCCGCAGGUAGCCGCCGCCGCCAACAUGAUGGCGCGCUCGGCCGACACCGAGUGCUCCGGUGGAGAUGCGAAGUCUCGGAGGGCGGUAGAGGACAAGGUCAGCGGGGGGCAACAGGGGAAGGGGAAGUCGGAGGUAUCCGGGCUGGAGAAGGCUGCCGUUGUGGUCAUCGACGUGAGCUCCGAGGGUGGCGGGGAGUGGAAUCCCGAGGCCGAGAAGUUGUGCAGGAUCUGCCAUUUGAGCCCCGAUGCCGAGGAUUUGGAGGGCGCGGGGUUCAUCCAGAUCGGGUGCGGCUGCAAGGGCGAGCUCGGGACGGCUCACCAGCGCUGCGCUGAGGCCUGGUUUAAGGUGAAGGGCAACAGCUGUGAGGUGUGUUGCUCUUGGAAAUAACACUUCAAGAUUCUUUCAUGGGGGUGUUGCUUGAAGCUCUAUUACGAUUCAACAGCAACAUCCAAUUUUGUUACUGUGUGUUUCCUCAUAUUUCUCCAGGAAACUCUGUCCAUGUUGGCCUAGUUUUUUCCCCUCCCUCUUCCAAACCGUUUCAUUAUAGACCCGAGCAUCUCUCUUUCUGGCUGCUCCCCGAAGUUUGUUGAAUGUUCCCAAACCAUCUCAACUUGUCUGUAGUUUUCGCACCUCCAAUAUCCUUUAUCAUUGUACCAGAUAUCCACUUCAGCGCUGCCAUUUACUGGUUGUUUAUAAAAAUUGGCUUUAGUUGCCGCACUACACACCAGUCACAUCCAAAAAAUAUCUCCAAGAACUUGUUUGGUAUUGAAUUUUUUUUCUUCUAUUUUUAGUUUUGGGAAAUCCACAACACAUGAUGAAAUUCUUUUAUUUUAUAAAUUAUAUAUGAAAUCUUUAGAGCUUUUUUAGCAAAGGCCAUAAUUUUCAAAAAAAAUAAAAUGAAAGCAAGAAAUAGCCGAAGUUUUGUGCAAAAUGUUAUGUUCAAAAUCAAUCUCUACGUGGUCUUUUAUUAAUUGUAGAGUAUCAAAAACAAUUAGGUGCCAAGUUAUCCAUCUAGUUUUGUUUAUGUUGGGUAUGUCUGUCGAUCUCCUUAUUCCUUUCAUACAUAUGCCUGUUACUUUGAACCAACUGCAUUGUAGUGAUCAUUGGUUAGGUUGGUGCCUCACAUUCAGUUUGAUGUUAUUGGCAAUUGCAGUUGAUACAAUUUUCAUCCUAUUCAUCUGUGGGCCUUUGUACUCCAUGGCUUUCUUUUGUAAUUCUAAUUUAGCAUUUAAGUUUGUCCUUUCCUCAUCAACUAGCGGAAUAUCAUUUAUAAUAAUACGAAUCUGGUGCAUAACAUUAGCAGUAAGUUUAUCCAAAAGUAGUGUAAAGAGACAUAAGCUUGCUGUUGACCCUUGGUGUACGCCUCUCUUGAGCGGAAACCUACCUGACUCUCCCCCAAGUACUCCAAACCCCUCUUAUUUCCCAUUAGUCUGCAAUAACUUUGCAAGCUCUGAUCUGCUAAUAGCAUUUAAUAUAUUCCACAGUUCUCUAUCAUUCUGAGCUUUUGAGAAUGCUAGUAAUUCUGCUCAAGGCUCCUUAAUAGCUGCUCCCAUGCCCCAGACCCGUUAACCCAUAGUUAAGCAAGUGCUGCUGGGGCUGUCUCUAGCUUUUUGGCACUUCGCCAACCCACAGUCUCUUGUCAUUUUCUUAAAUCGCAUGUCCUUAAUGCUGGCACAACCAUUUUCCUAUCAGUUGACUCCAUUAUAUUGCUGUUAGGUAAAGCAUUCCCUCCAUGAGUCCCUUCACUUAUCAAGAAGACGUAAGAUUUUAUAUAAAUAAUUGUCUCCAGCUCUUGAGCAUUGUGCAGGUGUUGUGAAAUUUGUGGUGUGAAUGCAAAAAACAUCAUUGGUAAGGAAGACAGCAGUUUCAUGGAGGCAUGGCAUGAGAGCAGAAUGUUGGGCAGCAGCAUCAACAGAAACUCAUCAGAGAAUGGCAGUUGUUGGAGUCAACCAUUCUGUCUUCUCUUGAUCUUCCUGCUGCUAGUACUGACCUACAUACUUACAUGGUUGUUCGCACUAUGAAUGGCCCCCACCUCUUUCGAUAUGUUUGGGAAUUUGAAGAUUUUCGGGCAUGACAGCUUGCCUAGAGAAGGGAAAAUAGACGCUUGAGAUAAUGUAAGAAGUUAGUAAAUUUUUUAUGAACUAGUUCGCACAAAGCAAUCUUCAUAGGGCAGCAGCCAUACAGAAAUGUUCUUUGAGUUUUUUUGUAAAAAACACUGGAGAUUUCUUUAGAGAAGUGAAUAGAAAAGCAAGACAUCAUCAUUUCUAGUAUGCUGAGAGAUAUUCCAAAGCUAAUGUGGACAUAUAUAUUAACUUCGAUCAUUGAAUGUUUUUUGAAUGAACAAUAUCAGUGUAUUAUGAUUGGAUGUCAAUUGACAGAUGUUAACCCCGUUUUGA